AUGAAGCGCUCACCGUACAUCUGCCGCUUUUGCUCAGACUACAAACCACCAUUUCAUUUUCUCAGCCGAAAACUGAGUACCAAGACCGCACCUCCAGCUCCCAAUGCCAAUGCUACUUCCAAUCCUCACCCUCCAAAUCCUAAUAAAAUCCCACUCCAGGACCUAACGCCCUCGCGCCUCUCCUCCUACUGGGACACACAAGCGCCAGAUACAUCGCAACUGGCCUACGCAGACAAAUUCUUUCUUCCCUCGCGCCACUCCCCCAUAAAACUAUGGUCUGCCAGCAAAUUCCGCACCACGCCUCUUUCCUCAGUCGAGCCCGAAGUCGCGUUCCUGGGCCGCUCGAACGUGGGGAAAAGCUCGCUGCUGAACGCCAUAAUGGGGGAAGAGAUAUGCUGGACUUCGUCUAAACCGGGUCGAACGAGGGAAAUGAAUGCCUUUGGGAUUGGAGGUACAAAGGGCGGCGAGUCGAAGAUUGUUCUGCUUGAUAUGCCGGGGUACGGGAAGGCGAGUCGAGCGGAGUGGGGGGUGGAGAUUAUGAAGUAUCUCCAAGGGAGAAAGCAACUUCGACGUGCCUUUGUCUUGAUCGACAGUCAUCACGGCAUCAAGAAAAAAGACGAGGAUAUCCUCAUGUUAUUCCGGAGAUACGCCAUUCCGCACCAAAUAAUUCUCUCCAAGGUGGAUAAGGUUCUAGUGAAGAACAGAAGCCAGAUGAAGAGCGGCGCAUCUGUCGCAGGGGCCGCAGCGUUGCAGAGGAUGCUGGAGGGUCUAAGACCUAUUAUCCAACCCGACGGCCGCACUGAAGGUCCCGGGGCCCUAGGAGAGAUCUUGACAUGCAGUUCAGAAACAUCGAUCGGCCAAGGUCAGUUCUUGGGUAUUAGUGCUAUUCGCUGGGCGAUAAUUUCUGCGGCUGGAUUCGACGGGAACGUUGAGGCGAAAACCAACGCUAUCUCUGAUUCAUGCGUGUCGAAUACUUCGGGGGCUGCAUCCUGA